AUGCAAAACUACAACUAUACCAACGUAUGGAGGGAAGGCCUCUUUAAAGGAAAAGUGGCUCUUAUUACAGGUGGGUCGGGCACAAUAUGUAGACAACAGGCUGCAGCCCUUAUGAAGUUGGGAUGCGAUGUCUCUAUUGUUGGUAGAGACACCCGACAAGUUGGCCAAGUGGUCAAAAUAUUGGAAGGUUUAAGUACUGGUUCGAAGGUCAUUGGAAUUGGCGAUUGUGAUGUCAGAAGUAUAGAGUCCAUGAAGGGUGUUGCGGAUAGAACAGUUGAACAACUAGGCCGAAUUGAUUUUGUCAUUUGUGGGGCAGCGGGGAAUUUCCUCUCUGAUUUUAAUCACAUGUCCGCCAAUGCAUUCAAAUCGGUGGUUGAUAUUGACCUCAUUGGUUCCUUCAAUACUGUCAAGGCGUGUUAUAAGGAGUUGGUUGCUAAUAAGGGCUCUGUAAUUUUUGUGUCGGCCACGUUGCAUUAUUAUGGUGUUCCCUUUCAAUCUCACGUGGGGGCUGCAAAGGCAGGUAUAGAUGCAUUGUCCAAUGCUUUGGCUGUUGAGUUUGGUCCUUUGGGAAUUAGGUGCAAUUGCAUUGCCCCAGGACCUAUUGGUGGAACAGAGGGCUUCAAUAAGUUGGUCCCAAAUAAAAGAAAAUUCCAGUCAAAGAUUCCGUUGCAACGGUUAGGAGAGACAAGGGAUAUUGCCAAUGCCACUGUCUUCCUAUUUAGUCCAGCAGCAGAUUGGAUCACUGGUUCAAUCGUGGUUGUAGAUGGCGGGUUUUGGCAUAUGGGCAAUUUCAAUACAACAGACAUGUAUCCUGAUUUGUUAAAGGAGAAACUACUUGCUAAGCUAUAA